AUGGAAGGCAUGGACGUAUGGAGCUUGAGUGCCAUUCUCGUGAUCCUGGCCACACCAGCGUCGUGCGGCCUCUCCUUUUACAUUGACUAUGACAAGCACACCUUUGUCAAGGACGGCCAGCCCUUUAGACUGGUGGGCGGCUCGAUGCACUACUUUCGCGUUCCCAGAGCAUACUGGGAUGACCGCCUGUACAAGCUCCGAAUGGGCGGCCUGAACGCCGUAGACUUUUACAUUGACUGGAGCGGGCACGAGCCGGAACCGGAACAGUACAAUUUCAUCGACAACUAUGACGUCGUGGCCUACCUCGAAGCCAUCAAGAAGGCUGACCUCUUAGCCGUCAUCAGGCCAGGCCCGUACAUAUGCGGUGAGGUGGACAACGGCGGCUACCCUUACUGGCUCCUCCGCAAGCAUCCGAACAUACGCUACCGCAGCACGCAAAAGGAGUACGUGGACGAAGUCACCAAAUGGUUCAACAAGCUGCUACCGAUGUUCGUCCCGUAUCUGUACAAGAAUGGAGGACCCAUCAUCAUGUUCCAGGUUGAGAACGAGUACGGUCACCUGGACAACGGUUGUGACCCGAACUACAUGGAAUUCAUGCUCACUUUACAGGAGAAGGGGCUCGGCAAGGACGUGGUAAUGUAUCACACGAACUUUCCCAACGAACGACGCUUCUAUUGCGACAAGGUACGCGACAUAUUGGCGGCCGGAAACUGCGCUUCCGAGUGCAACAUGUCCAUCUUCAACACGAUCCGCAAGGUCCAGGUUAAACCGGGAGGUCCUCUCCUGGUUGCCGAGUACUACACCGGUUGGAUGAACUUCUGGGGUUGGGACAACAAUCCAGCCUACCCGGCAAAAGUCCUCGAUACCUUCAAGAAGUUGAUGGACGAAGGCGCGAACAUUAUCAUCUACAUGUACCAUGGCGGAACGAGCUUCGGCUUCAAGGCUGCCACAAGCGGCGACGCGCCUAUAGUGACAAGUUACGACUUCGACGCCCCCAUCGGCGAAGACGGGGACCCCAAGGCUUACUACUAUUCGCUGAGAGACGUCAUCGGCAAGUACUUACCGCUCAAGCAGGGAGAUGCUCCGAAGGGUUCACCAAAACUAAAACUGGAUGCGGUGUACAUGACCCACGUCAUGACUCUCGCAGAGGUCAUGGACCACUUCCGACGGAAGGGAUGGCUCAGGAGAACCAGUUCCAAGUAUCCAGUGACAUUCGAGCAGCUGGGACAGGACUACGGAUUUCUCGUGUACAGCACGGAGGUGCGCAUGGACAUCAACGGGUCUCAGUUGUUAAAGGUGCACGCACUGCGUGACAUGGCCCAGCUUUUCGUGAGGGACGAGCGUCACAUGAUGCGCUGCUUCCAUACAAGCCGUUUACAUGUCGUGACAAACGCGACCGUGAAACUCACCAAGGGUGAAAGGAUUUCCAUUUUUGUUGAAAAUAUGGGCCGAGAACACUUUGGACCGAAGAAUCUCGACCCCAAGGGUAUGCAGAACGUGACUGUGAAUGGUGUCAACCUGACCGACUGGACCAUCGAGGCUGUGCCGGUGACGAGGAACAGGGAUGUCACCGAGUUGAUGCGCCUGCUGGAAAGCCACGGUAAAGGAGACGUGGACGGCAAGAAGAAGACGCCGCGCUUCUUUCACGGCACUUUCAAGCUACGCGAAGGGCAGAAGCCGCUGGACACAUUCCUAGACCCGGGGAACUACACGAAAGGAAUCGCGUUCAUCAACGGCAUCAACUUGGGUCGCUACUGGCCCGCGGCCGGACCGCAGAUCAGACUCUACGUUCCGGGCGUGUUCCUGAGACCACAUCCCGAAGAGAACAAACUAAUCAUGUUCGAGGUGGAAGGGUUGUGGAGCGACAAGGGCGAACGUGGUGUGAGAUUUCAUGACAAGCCGUACCUCACCGCCGACCCGGCAAGCCCACACCCUUAA